AUGGCCUGGUCAAAACGCUGUCGUUUUUAUAAUUUUCCCCUCUCGCUAAAAACACGGCGUCUGGAAGUCUCUUCCUCAAGCUCAGCUCUCAAGAGUGCGCGCAGUGCAGCUCAGCUGAUCCCACAUAUGGCUCCAAGAGUUCGGGCCAGAAAGAGGGGUCAUUUGGAUAGGGCUCUAAAGGCUAUGGCUGCCCUUUCUUUUCCAGAGAAACUAGUCCGUGAUACAGUGGAUGAAUUACUUGAAGUUUAUGGAGGAGAUCAUGGAUGGGGCUUUAUUGAAGAUGCUUCUUAUUCUGUCCUUGUCGAUGCUCUUCUUGAAAAACAACAAGAUGGUACUGAAAAGCCGAUUGCUUCUCCACAAGAUCAUGCAAGAAGUGAACAUGGUCCUGAAACUUCAGCAGUUGUGCCUACCUGCACACCAUUGAAGGUCGUGCAAUCACAGACUACUCAACCUCUGAACUCUACACCACUGACUAAAAUACCAGCAGCAUCUGCGCUUGAGGCGGAGGCCAUGGCGGCAUCAUCAGCGAUGGAGCUCGCAAAAAAAUUCCGGUUCCAAUCAGUCAUCUUCGAAUCAGAUUCACAAAACUUGGUUGAUGCGAUUAAUGGUUCGAAGACUACACCACAUUGGAGCCUCAUUCCCACAAUCAAUCGGAUCCGCCAUGAUUCUUGUUUCUUCAGAACCUUCUCAUGGAGGUGGACUACCCGUCAAGCGAACUCGGCAGCCGAUCAUGUUGCCGUGCUAUCCUUGAGGAAGAUGUGCUCUGACAUUCUAUCGAGGAUGGUCUUCCUUGUCCUCCGACAGCAUCAUGACUUGGGAAACAGAAUUGGCGUUGACUGCACUGACUCUUAUCAUAUGAGAUGUCGUAUCGUGUUCGUCUGCUCCAGCUCUAGGAACUAGAAGCAUUCUGU